GCCUUCCCCUCAGGAUAUACUUCCGGUUAGCACUGCAGCCGAUGUGUGAUGCAACCAGCUGUAAAGAUAUUCCCACAACUUCUCAACACAUCUUAGGCUUUUCGGUUGGAAUAACAUUUACACCCUGGACGAUAGUUUAACGCUUUUCUGUUUGUUGCUUUGUAUUCUGUUUUAUCCGCAAGACAAUAAACGUUUUUGCUCAGUCUUCUUCCGUUGCUAACGUUAGCAACGCCGUAACGACACCUUUUCUAGAUGGAUUUGAUUUGAUUUCGCCACCUGGAACUUGUUUUUUUUUUUUAAUUAGUUUGUUUUUUGAGUGGAUCUGUUUUUUAAUGGCCACCGCUGCCCCUCCUCCAGCCUCUGGCUCUACUGCGGCCACUGAAAACACAAGUCCCGGAGCCAGCAGCUCGACUGCGGCCGACAGCGGCAGCCAGGACAGCACUUUCGAGUGUAACAUAUGUCUGGACACAGCUAAGGAUGCAGUGAUCAGCCUGUGUGGACACCUCUUCUGCUGGCCUUGCUUGCAUCAGUGGUUGGAGACCAGACCUAACAGACAAGUGUGUCCGGUGUGUAAAGCUGGCAUCAGCAGAGACAAAGUUAUCCCCUUAUAUGGGCGGGGAAGCACAGGUCAACAGGACCCCAGAGAAAGAACACCCCCUCGACCACAAGGACAAAGGCCAGAGCCAGAAAACCGUGGUGGCUUUCAAGGAUUUGGCUUUGGAGAUGGAGGUUUUCAGAUGUCAUUCGGAAUCGGUGCCUUUCCAUUCGGUAUUUUUGCUACAGCCUUUAACAUCAAUGAUGGAAGACCUCCUCCAGCAGCCCCUGGGACACCGCAGCACAUGGAUGAACAGUUCCUGUCUCGACUCUUCCUAUUUGUCGCUCUGGUGAUUAUGUUCUGGCUCCUGAUUGCGUAGAUGCAUGAAAAGACAACAUCUCAAGUUAACCCAAAAGAUUUGACAGAGACAUUACUGCACAUCGUCACAGUUUUCCUCCUCGAUAAUUCUGCCUCCAUACAUUUUACAGUCCUUUUAUGAGCUACAUGACAUUUGAACGAGUUGUUUUUUCUAAAAAAUAAAGGCGUCAAUGCUAAUCUAACGAUAACAACUUUCAAGGUGAACCAACUUUGGUCGUCUUAUACUUGAACUGAUUAACAUGGUUAUGUAAUGUGCUUACAAAGCACCACACCAAAAUUCUUCCUUAUAUUUCUUUCAUCCAAACGUCAUCAAGUAACAGCUUCAAACCUGAUACAAGCUUUCCCCUCAAAUAUCUACAUGCAUGAGUAGGGCUGUGCGAUAUGACGAUAUAUCAAUAUAUAUUGUGUGACGAUAGAAAAAGUCAAUUAUUUCAUAUUAUGUUCUAUCGUUUAUUUCGUUGUGAUGCAAAUAACACUCUUUACAGCAAUAUUUUGCGUCAUUUGGAGUCUCUCCAUCUUAUGCGCGGAUUACAUUGAUAAAUUACUCGUCAGCUUUUUACUGGUGAAGCUUUUAUUGCACUCACAGUAACGUAACUCUCCAACACUCCACCGCCAUCUGUCUCUAUUCUGCUGCACUUGCAGGGGGUUGGGGGGGGGGGGGCACAGACCAGAAACUCUUUAUUCAUUGAAUUAAACGUGCUAUAUCGGGAUAGGUAUUGUUACCAGGAUAUGAAAUGACCCAUAAGGGGAUAUGAGAUUUUGGUCAUAUCGCCCAGCCCUAUGCAUGAGUCUGUCUUUCUGUUGUGUUUUUUUUCUUUUUAUCAGACACAUACAGAAGUUUGUUCAGAUGAGAGAGAGAGUGGAAGAGGUGAUUCUCAGUGCUCUUUCAUUUUAUGUUGCAUUUUUAAUCACGUUAAUUAAAACGUUUAAUUAAGUUCCUUUUUGAGUGUAGUUUUGUUGCUGUAUUCAAAGACAAAUCAGUGCUCGUUUACUUGGACUUUCAUGCACAUUUCCACUUUUCGGUUUAUAUGUGGCAAGUUAACCUGAUCCCUCUUGGGGUAGCUUUUAUUAAAAAAAGGAUUUGAGUCGGUUGGCCCUACUUUUAUAUGACUGCGUAUGUAAGAUUAUACUGUUAUACUGACAUUGGCCCAACAGUUAUGAUACUUUGCCCCUAAACAUCUCAGCCUUACUUUUAUGUUGUGCUGAAAAUGUGUAUUCUGGACAGCGUUCGCUCAACUUGACAGCUCAGGAUUGGAAAAAAUGGAGCCUUUUUCACAGCGGAUAAUUUAACUUGUCAUAGUAGGAAAAAGCACAGGUGUUACUAAUCAGAUUAACGAUGUCUCUGUUGUAUUUAACUGUCCCUGAACCCUGAAACUGAAGCAGCUAAAUGGAAUUCAGACAUCAUUAAUUUUAUCUUUUACACCUGCGCUUUUUCUACUUUGACAUGUAAAAAUGAACAGAAUCCUAAUACAAUCAUAUAUUUUCCCGGUAUUCUCUCUCUGUUCACUAAUACUACUACGAAUGUUAUUUUGUUUUUAAUCUCGCUCUACCUGAUCUUACAAUGAUGCAUCUCAUUGGAAAAAUGUACUCAAGAUUACACACAUGGAAUCAAAACAAUGUCAGAUAUUGUCUCUAUUUUUUUUUUAUAGAUGAGAUUAAAAAGAAAAUAUUGAUGCAUGCAAGCAGCUGAAAGAUUAAUUUAUGAAACAGUGUUCUUCUCCAGAUGGUUUUAUUUUGCUCAGUUUGCUGUAUAUUACUGUAAUUAAAUGUAAAAUACUGUAGAAUGUUACAGAAUUACAAUGAAGAUUGGUUGGUCGAACAUAAAACCACUUUUCUAAAUGUGAAUUCACUAUUGACAGUAAAGUUAUGUAAAUAAAGAAGUUAAUCAUA